AUGUCACUAAAGCAAAUUUUGAACGGAAGACCUUCCAUUUUUAGUGAAACACCACUUGAGGAGUUAAUAAAAACAGUAAAAAAUGCACUGGCAAUGGACUAUUUGGAAAUCAGAAAUGUGGAUUUUAUCAUCGACGUUAUGGUGCCAGAAGUAACAAUUGAUAUCCUCAUGAGAUUGGAAGGCUUCACAAGGUUCCAAGCCGAAUUGACCCUUGGCCGAAUAAUAGACGACUGA